AUGGUAGAUUACCUCCGAGAAGAAUUGAACUCCGGCAGAGAUGAGUGCUUUGUAAAGGUCAUAAAUUACUUGGAGGAAAGAAGCCGUGACUACUACAGAAAAUUGUCCAACGCGAUUGGCUCCGCUGAACACUUCCAAAAAUUUCGGAAAUGUUACGAGAAUUCAGAGAUUUUGGAUGGAAUCAAUUUGGACGAUAGUCCACUGCACGAACACCUAUUUGCGAUUCUUGAGUGGCGUGCCUUGCUAGCCACUGAAGUUGAAGCUCUACAGUCUAUGCGCGAGGAAAUUGAAGAUUACCCGAAGGAUUUUGAAAUUCAGAUACGAUUAAGUGAAGCCCUUCACGAGCAGAACCGAUUACGGAGAGAGCUCGAAUCUCUCAGGGACCAAAAUGAGAGGUUGCAAAUGGAAAACAAUGCCUAUAAUGCGAUAAUGGAGGAAGUAAAAAAGGACUUUAACGAAAGACUUGGUGAAGCUAACGACCGUGCAAGAAAAGCGGAAAAGGCCUUUAUAGACUUAACGAGACGCCGAUCCACUGUUCCGAUUGCUGGUUCUACUGUAGUCACUCAGUCGACGGGUGGAUCAAAUUCAGCAGUCCGAAAACGAUCUUCUGAACCUGUGCCCAAUGCUAUGGCCUCGGUUGCAUUUCCAUAUAGGUCGUCAAUGGAUAAAGUUCGUACUAGCUCAAUGCGUUUCAAGGAGUAUAGCACUCUCACCGCGUGGGAAGGCUUUGACUCCUUGGACGAGGACUCGAGCGACGAAAAUGAGGUAGAGGGGGGGGUCGAUUCAGCACUACAAAAGUUGACAGAGUUGGAACCUCAGUCGUCCAGUUCGCCCACUCUGCUACCUGAAGUUUGUCCUCCUUUAAACGAUGUCGUCUCAAAACUCCCGUCCUUCGACGCAAGUCCCAUCAAACCAUCUGGCGGACCAUUCGUCGAAGGCGUGAGUGCAUCCCUAAGCAGUACUCCCAGAAAGUCAUUACCCUCGUCCUUGACGACGCCGCGUCAGACGGAUACCUCUCCACCUCAGCUGGCUGUUGUCGCGCCAGAAUGUCCGUCUGCCGGGAGCUCUGAGACGCGAUACUCCCGUGUUCUCGCGGAGAGCGAGGGGAGUGACGUCGUGGACAGAGCGGCCUACCUCCAGCUCUACGAUGAGGUGCUAGAAUUGCGCUGCGAGCUGGAGAAGGUCCGUGCUAAACCCCCUCCCCCUCAGGCCUCCAUUACAUCCACGCAAGCGAAUGAUUUGGGCCUGACAACGCAGCUAUGUGAUCUUCGUGAUCAGAUCUGUCAGUCCUCAGUUAGGGAAGCGAGCUUCGCGUCACCAGCGCGGGUUGUCGGUGGCGGCGUUCCCAACCCCAUUCCUCUGUCGGAGAACAAGCACUUUACUGACUGGUCUAUCUCCCUCGAUCAGACUAACGCUUCGUGUGUUCAAAUGGACUCCGAGAAGGUUCGCGACCCCGACGAACUCAAAGAGGAGGGUUCACGCACGCCCCGCGCGUCUAUGUGCCUGGUGGUGGAUGUUUCGGGCAGCGAAACGAAGGUGGUGCGCAUUCCCACUCCUCAUCGGUCGAGUUGUCGCAUAAUCUCGGCUCAGGCAACUAUAUCCAUGCCUGAACAUGCCACAACUAUUAGCUUUCGAGUCGAAGAGGAGGAAGGGAAAGUGAAUGAAAGUGGCCGCGAGUUGGGCGAAUCGCUGACUGACUAUGUCACCUCUCCCUCCGAUUCCUCGAUCUCCGAGUCGUUAGCACCGCGAAUAGGCGAUGAUCGCACUACUUCAGUGGGUCAGCAGACGGAGAUGCCCUUCUACUGUUUUAACUGUUCAGUGGACUCCGUAAAUACGCACUCCGGCCUCGUUACCCUUCCGGAGACAAACCCCUCUGCAAUUGGCGAAAAUAUGCUUUCGCCGGCAUCUACCCUGCAAGAACUGAAUGUCGAUUUCUCCGAGUCUACUGCGAGGCAAGGUCCUGCUCCAGGGUACAACGAGCUUAUGUGCUCUCCCAUUCUUGAUCUCGGUAAAAAGAUGUUGGAUGCUUCUUCCGAGUGCCAUCUGGCCACCGAAGCACUCCAGGAGCAAAACCGUCAUUUGUCAGACUCUCUGGCCACCACUGCUUACAUUUGCAUCGGUUUACAGGAACGUCUUUCUGGUGCCCUCUGCGGUGCAGCUUCCCAACCCGGUUCCGGCACCUACACCAAGAAACCAUUGCAGUCUGCUGUUCUGUGUCUGAUUUUGCUUACGUUGUUGAUUUUGGUUGAAGAUUCUCAGCCUACCUAUGAGGUGGAGAUUAUCAAGUUGAGGGAAAAACUCGAGGAGGCCGAGCGACUCUUGGAAGAGAGGCUGCCAAGCGAUUCACGUAUUGCGGCAAUGCGUAUGAGCGAGGUGUUGGAAGCAGAGCGCGAGCAGCUGCAGCGGGAGUUAAACCAGCGCUUAGCGGACUGUGGUAGCACUCACGCCACCUCCGUAGCUGAGUUGGAGCAAGUGCAAGCCGACCUCUCUGCUCGACUCUCUGCCUCCGAGGUGCGUGCCAGCAACCUUGAAAACGAGCGCAAUGCCGUUGUGCAAAAACUCAACGCCACUGAGCGUUUUCUUAAUGAACAACUUCAAGAACGGGAGCAGGAACGCGAAGAAUUUCAGACAGAGGUGUCCGCUCUUCGGGUUGAAAUAGCUGCUCUCCGGGCCAAGUUGGCAGCAUUGGAGAGGCGGCAGUCGCGAGAGUCCUCGUCGGCGUCAUCGUCACUGACUCACACCCCCGCCGUCAGUCCGGGAAAGGCGAAGGUGCGACAGGGCGGAGCACAGACAAUGGCCACUUCCACGCCCACUACACACCAGCGUCCCUGCCCCCCCAUCCCCUCCCUCCUCUCUAUACCGGACUCCUCCGAUCACAGCGAUGUUGACGAUUCGCCUACCUUCGAGCUCGCCCCCACACCCCAAAGCAUAUUGGAUCACCCUUCCGGUCUGCCCACUUUGCACCAAUAUGAUUGGCCUAGCUCUGUUACCACCUCUGCUGCUACUGCUAUCUCUACCCCUUGCCUGUCAAGCUGCCUUGACAGGCCAGUUGUAACAGAUCCAUCCGGACGCACUCCCUCCUCUCCACCCCACUGCGUCCACUUCGACACAUUUGAGUCAAGCUGGAGUGAAGAUAGCGAUUACCACUCGCCUAGCGAGUGUGAAUACUUCAAGCAACUCAUGGCAGUCUGCCGAUUAGAUGCUCUUGAGAUUGAAUUGCACAAGAUUGCCAAUUUGCGGUCGGAGAUCGUUCAAUCAGAGUUGAAUUUAUGUGGGAGUCGUCCUUACAGCGCAGACGAUGCAGCUCUGCGCCAACAGACUCGACCACCGGUGAAACUUACCACCACUUGUGUGGGAGGGUCUCCCAUCGAAUUCGUCGAUGCCUCUGUCUCCGUUCAAACCUCCAUCUCCGGUCGCUCUAACACCUCCACGGAAUUUGACGGCGAUGAUGAUGGUGAUCUUAUCUCUACGGAGGACGAGGUGGAUGAUGUGCAAACGACAACGACCACGGCGGCUGCCAUGGGCGUCGUGACCACGACUGUGACGACAACCACAAAAAAGCGAACCAAUCUGAACGCCGUUCAGAAACGUCGAAGCCGCUCCUCUCGGCACUGCGUGGCAGCUUCGCCGAAAAUAGCAAAUAAUGUCGGCCUGGAUGUGGAAAUGCGUCACGUCGCGGAGAUGGAGGAAUUGCGUGAGGCCCUUACCCUGGCUCAAGCUGCCUUGGCUGAGAAAAACUCAGAAUUGGCAAUCCUGCGGAACCGACUGAACUCUACUCCACAUUCGCCUAUAUCUGAAAAACAGCAGCCUCAAUCCCCCUGCAACAUCUACUCGUAUGCAAGUGCUCGUGUCCAGACCUCGCCCAACGUGUCCCCUGGCCCUGGAGCUUGUUGGUCACGCCAUGGAAUGGCUACUAACUACGUCACUACUUCCGCCCAGACCCCGCAGAUGUCGCCGCGUGGCUCGCGCGAUUCCACCCUCUCACCACCGCCCGUGGUCGACCGCUCUGCCACCUUCUCGAGCUCCUCCAACGCCGAGAUCGUCUCUUCUCCGCCUAGCGGUGCCUCUUCUCAGACUGCUGAUAUUGAUGCGCAAAUAGCUGAUGAGGAAGAGCUCUGCCAACCACCGGAACAAGUUUCCUCUAGUGAGAGUGACCAUCUCGCGGCAGAUUUGGAAGAGGCCAGAGCUGAAAUUCAGGCUCUCAAGGCGGAAAUAAAUGGUCUCAUUAAUUACCAAGACGACUUGCAUAGAGACUUUGAGUUGGUGCAGUCCAUGCUGGAGGAGAGACAGUCAGAGGUGGAACGUCUGCAGAAGGAGCUCCUUGAGGUGCCAAUACUCCUGCAGGGCGAAUUUGACACCUCCGUCCGGAAGCUUCAAAAGAGGAUGAACGAUAAAUGCGAUACUGUGGAGGAGCGCGAUGAAGACCUUUACAUGCUCAACGAGGAAAAGGAGGCCCUUUCCAAUCGCGUGGAUGAGUUAGAGAAGGAGCUGGCAGGCCUACGUUGCAUCACGCCCUCGGGGAGACAAGGCGAGGUCACCCGGGAGGAGACAGCCUCUCAGACUGAUCCGCCUCAUUGGACUGUCGAAUCGGGCAUUCAGGUAGACCUCGAGCGGUCAUCGCCCACUCCCAAGACCCAGUCCUGUGCCGACACCGAUUGUGUCAGUGAGGAGGACCUCCCCUUCGACGGCGACUCCAUCGCCCCCGCACAAACUGCUGCUGUCAACUCGGUUGCACCACCUACUGCAGACGAAGCCUUGGCUUUCGUGGAUCACCUACAGCAAGAGAGUUGCCGCCUUUUGAGCUUAUCCCUCACGGCAGCUCAUUCACAAGCAACACCUACACACGAGGUCGAAUUAGCUGAUCCAAACGACUACAAAUCACAACUUAUCAGUAGGCUCAUUGAGGCCAACCGAACGCUCAAAUCAGUCGUUGAGAAUAUCGUUAAGGAUCCGUUACGUCAAGGUAGCCAAGCGGAGCCUGUCGUGACAGAUGAAUCAACGGUUCCUGUACCGACGAGCCGAGACUUAUCGAGUCAGUUAUAUUCCAGUCUACUUUUGGCUCUCCUAGCGGAUCGUAAGGCAAAUUUGUUGCUUAUCACCUCAACCACGAUCGAUCGAGCCUCGAACGCUGCUCUUGGUGGAGUUUUGGCUCGCCCAAGACCUAGUAGACCAAAGACUGCUUCGCAGGCCGACAUUAAUGACGUGUUGAAGACACUGACUGACUAUGCUGCCGCAGAGGAAGAGCACUGGAAUGUGCUUUCCUCGGCACUAGUGUCUGAUCGAACGAACCUUCUCACCAAUUUAGACUCUUUGAAAAUGUGCCAGGAAUCACUCCUCGGUGAAGUGGCUAGCCUGACCAACCAAUUGGCAGCUCGAGAUGCCUCGUUGACCGAGAAAUCGACCGUUGUGAACGAGCUGUCUGCGGAGCGGAGAAUUCUUGAAGCGACGGUUUCUGGGCUCAGGAAGGAACUCACUGACGUAAAAGCCGAAAAUGAGAACCACUUUAUGCUGUUUAGACGUCAGAUUAGCGAAGAGCGUCAGCAUGUCGCAGAAUUGGAGUCUACACUCCGAGCCUCUCAAAGUGCUUUGAUUCAAACUCGUGAGCAAGUGGCAUCUCUCGAAAGCGAUCUGCAGAACUCCUCUGCAAAGGUGCGAUUGGAACAAAAUCGAAGUCACUUAGCAGAAACCCGAAUCGCUCAAUUGGAACAAGAGAUCAAGGCUUUAAAAUCAUCGUAUGUUCGCCUGGGUCCAAAGUCACAUGUCAACGGUGGCAUCCCCACACUACAAGCUUCCAGUUUAAAGAAGAAUGAAUUAUCUACAGUCACUGUCUCUAAUCAGCUUGCAUCAGUUCGGCUUCAAGCUAUUCGGGCAGAGAAAAUGUCUCGUGAAUUGCACGCUUGUAAUGAGGAUUUGCGAGUCUCGCUAGCCGAGGCGGAAUUGGCGUUGCUGCCAAUAUGUCUUGGUAAAGAGAACGGUCAUCUCGGUGGUAGCAGUGGUGGCAGUGGCAGCACCAGCGGAGAUGACGAGAGCCCCUUCAGCGGCGAGGUGGUCAACCGUCCACUGCCGAAGCAACUCACCGACUCGGGCUUCGCCGACGCACCGGCUGGUCUGCGACGCCUCCACCUCGCCUGUAUGCGGCUAAUGCACCUCGCCUCCUUAGCCACAGGCGACCAAUCCACGCCUUCUCCUGCCGCCUCCUCCUCGUCCUCGGACAGCCUCAACAACCCCGCCGAGUUGUUGCGUCAUGCCAUCCUCGGCGGUAAGAAGGCCGACUUCUUGGAACAGUCUGGUGUCGCGGAGAUCUGUGCUUGUCUUGCUGAGAUUGAGUCCCAUGUGCGCAGCUUAAUUGGUGGUCCCGUUGUCAAUUUUCAAACUUUUUCUUCCGUCUCUACUGCUGCUGCCAACGCUCUUCUCGCGCAGGCGAAACAGCUCAUCCUUAACGGAGUCGCUCAUUUGGACUCAGGGUUGGCUAAAAUUGCAGGUUCAACGGAUAAUGUUUUAAUAUGUCAUUUGCCUUCCGAGAGUAAAUCAACGCAGUGCUCUCUCCUCGCUAAUCACCAGGCCUCAGGAGAUUCGCGCUCAGUCUCCCUUGAGAAGUUCCGCCAUAUGUCGGCGCGCUACCUGCGCAUGGAGUCGUACCGACGGGCGCUGGUUUAUCAGAAGCAGUACCUCUUGCUGUUACUGGGUGACUUCCAGCACUCGGUGCAGCGGGUAACAGCAAGCCUUGGCCAGGGUCUGCUGAUGGGUACCUCCAGUCGACAGGACAUGGAGGGCAAUCCCCUUCCCUCGCAGCACUGGCCCCUUGACUCUCCUCCGGCGCUAGUUCGCUUCCGCGCUGCUGCUCGCUGCAUCAUGAUCAUCCUCAGAGUGAAACAGCUGCGUCUGAAGUGGCAGCGGACGGGCAUUCGCAACCACGCACCGCUUUUUCCCCACUCCAUAAACAGUCGGACGUCGAACUCCAGUUUCACUAAUGUUGACACCACCUCCUCCACCCUCGUGGCGGUUUCAAACCCCAACGACGACAUUCUCCCUCACCAGAGACACUCUACUGCCUCGCUCUCUUCUCGGCCCUCAAAUAGGUCUUCCCUCUCCCCCCAGUCAGAGCAGUUGGAGUCGGCAUUGGCUCUGAACCGUCGAAACUACCCAACCCCAUCUACUGCACAACCCUCACGUCCUUCCUACCCUCAGAGGGAGCAAGUGGAUGCGUCCAGCUCUUUCCAUCAGCACCACCGUGUCCCCCCAUCAACCCCUCCUGGAACCCCUUCUGAUGGCCGUUUCCGCUGUGGCCCCUUCAGGGGUUAA